CUAAGAGCCUGCUCAACGUUUACCUUUGCAUAGGAUUGUGGGCAGCCCUUUGCUGGGGCUGGGGAGCUGGUCAGCUAUCAGGGCUAGUCAGUCACCAUGGCUGAUGAGAAGACCUUCCGAAUCGGCUUCAUCGUGCUGGGCCUUUUCCUGCUAUCCCUCGGCACAUUCCUUAUGAGCCACGAUCGACCCCAGGUCUAUGGCACCUUCUAUGCGAUGGGCAGCAUCAUGGUGAUUGGGGGAAUCAUCUGGAGCAUGUGCCAAUGUUAUCCUAAGAUCACCUUUGUGCCGGCAGAUUCAGACUUCCAAGGCAUCUUGUCCCCAAAGGCCCUGAGCCUGCUGGAGGACAGGCUUUCAGAGGUGAAGAGCCCCCAACCCCCUUAUGUCAGGCUAUGGGAAGAAGCCGCCUACGACCAGAGCCUUCCGGACUUCACUCACAUCCAAAUGAAGGUCCUGGGCUAUAGUGAGGAUCCCAGGCCCCUGCUGGCCCCUGAGCUGAAGACAGGAGUCAGCAGUGGGGAGGAAGGUGAACCCCGCACUGCUCAGGCCUGGAUGGAAGCUGCAGUGGUCGUCCAUAGGGGCUUGGAUGAGAAUGAGGGAGAAAGAGCCGCUACUCAGAGCAGCCCUCCAGCACAUUCCCAAGGUUCUGCACCAUUGGCGUCAUUCCAAGAUGACCUGGACAUGGGCUCCAGUGAAGGCAGCAGCCCUCACUCAUCCCCACCUAACAGAGACGAGCCACACCCACAGGUGCCCCUGGCCAGCAGGGGUCCACUGGAUCGCUUCAGUGACUUUGCUCUCAUUGAUGACACCCCCACAUCAGAGGACAUGGUCCUGGAGGGGCAGGUGCAGAAGGCAGCUCCGCCCAGCAAGCAGCGGUGGUCCCUGAGGGCGAAGGAGAAGGAGACUAUCCAGGCAAGUGCAGAGGAACCAGAGCAGGAGGAGGAAGACCUGUACUAUGGGCUUCCAGACAGCCCCGGGGACCCCCUCCCCGACAAAGAGUUGGGCUUCGAGCCUGAUGUUCAGGGCUGAGAUGAAACAGCUUCCUGGGUGUAGCCUGACAGCACUGCUCUCUUCAUGGGACCCCACAAGGCCUCAGUUUUCCACCUCCCAAACGGGGUUCUGUGGACCGUCAAGUGAGGCAGUGAGCUGAAGCAUAUUGGGAACUGAAAAGAACACACAUGGGGGGCGGCGACCCCCUCCCCUCCCCAAUGAGCACAUGCUUCCGGUUGUAGCUUGCUCCGCUGACCUGCAGAUAGAGUGGGCUUUCUGAUGUCCUAUGUUGCAGCCAGACUCUCAGAAGCCCUUCCCAUCUCCUAAUGCUGGCCUCUGAUUGGGCCCUUAUGUGGU